GUCGUGUAUGUCGCUCACCCACUGGAACUUCAACGCAUACGUGCGAAGCGUUUUCCGCCUGUUUUUGCUUGCUGGCGGAACAAGCAUGACUCGUGAUGUACUUCAACACCACGCCGUCGCGGCAGCCCGUGUGUUCCUUCGACGUGCGGCGGCCAUCAACAGCAGCCACCUCCGACCACCCUCUCUUACGGGCGCCUCGAUUAGCCAGCAGCAGGCGCGAACGUUGCACUACACUCAGUGUCGUAGCCUCAGUGGAUCCGACAAGGCAUCAACGAUGAACAGCAGGGACGACAAAGACGCUGAUGCAACCGCACAGACGGCGCCUAAUACCGGCACUCCUCCCGCCGCCGGGGGCAUCUUCGGCAACCUGCCCGCUCGCACAGCCGCCGCCCGAGCGGGCCGCGGCUGCCUGAUAGCCCUCCCUAUCGUGGGCAUCGGGUUUUCGGCCUGGACUUGCGUUACGGACUAUCGCAGGGUACGACACGAGCUUAAGCGCGCGUGCGUGGGCCUCGCGCUUGCGGAGAUGAGCUUCCAGCGGGAGGCCGGCCGGAAGGGAGACAGCGGCAGCAGCGGCGGCGGCGGCGGCGCAAACUCGGCAACUCGGCCGACGUUGGACGCUUCUCCCGUGCGUUCCUUCAGCGUUGCGUUGGUGGCAGACGCGGGCGUCUUGGGCUUCCACCUUCUCGCGGCGUACGGGUUGUGGCACGGCUGGGAUCCGGACCCCAUCGUCAACGCAGAGAUAGGCAACCUGGUCGCCGCGGUCGUGUCGACGGGAGGGGGGUUGCGGGGGGAGUAUCUGGCGGCCAACCGCAUGCGGCAGAUUUCCGGGCGCCGCCGCACCGCCGCGGAGGCGUUGGCACGCGGGGAAGGAGGUACGGGCGCUAGCGCUCCAAGUGACGGCGGCGGUUAGAGCAGCGGUGGAGACAGCCACGAGAAUACCGUCUAAUCAAGGAGGACCGGCGAUCCGUCCAACACCAACGGUGGAGCAUCUUACUGCAUCGGAAGAUAUGGUGCGGCAGGUUUUGGCAGCAGAGGUAGCGGUGGAGGAGCUCAACUUGUUGUGCUACGUAUCUGAGAGAGGCGGGUGUUGCACACCGCAGAGGAAUGGUGUAGGGUACAACUUGUGGAAGACCGAAGGAAGGGGUUGGCGACGGCUAUGAACCUACAUUGAGGAAGAGGUGGCCACCGAAGAUUUGUGGCGGGAGCUUGGCUUCCUUCACGAAGCGCCAGUUUUCCUGCGAAUUGGGUAACACAAUCGAUAAACCAAUAAAGGUCUUGUGUUUCGGUUGCACUUUCCUGGUCGGUAGCAUGUUUCAGUCAUCGAGGUUUUCGGAAAGCUGAAGAAGUUGUCCUCUUUUGCAUCAGAACAAUGUCGAACGAUGAUGUCGAACGAUGAGUUUCUCACCUUUUCUCAUGUCUUUGGGUCGUUACGGAAUCCUUUCAGCUCUUGUAGGGCUUUCUCCAAUUCUUGCCACUUUGAGUUGCAAGUGAUGGCGACAGCAGUACAUCCUUGGCAACACCGUUAGCUCGUGCUUGGGGAGGGGACGACUUCGCGAAGGCCUUGUAUGAGACCCUUCGCACUCGUGUGCUGAGUUCUGAGGCGCACUUGUGUCGCUGCCUUGUCCGAUGCUGAAGCCCCUUCAUGGAAAUCAGGUUCUGUGGCGACAAAAUCUUCGAAAAUCUUCGAAGAGACGGUUUUCUGCACACUUUCUUGGGGGGCAAAUCGUUUCCCUCGUCCUGUUGGCUUUCCUUUGUCUUGCUCCACGUUGUUUUUCCUUGACCGGCGUUCUCAAGAUUCCUAAAUACUGGUAGUCGAAUCGAAUGAAUAAAAGCGUAGCUGCGGCAAGCGUGCGCACCCUUUCCAUAAGUUUCGUGCCCAAAUUUCGGUCGGUUAGCAGAAAAUCGCAGUUUUUUCUCGAUCUGUGUGGUGUUUGCCGACAUGCGACACAAACCUCUCUCUUGUCUCUUGCUCGUAGACCACUGGUCAGUUGGCCAAGGUCAUGCCGCGCUACGAGAACACUCUCACGCGCUUGUUGGAGCCAACCCGUGGCGAAAGAACAGAAAUAAAGAGCUUCCGAGAACGAGUGUGACAAGGGCUAGCCGUGCAUCUGGUCAGAGUGGCCUGUGACAGUGCUGCCGCUGUGGGUGGUAUUGCGUGACUUUCUCGGUUUUCCCCUCAUCUCAAACGAUGUCCAUCGGCCAACCCCGUUUGUUGUCUUUUCCGGUGACAUUCACCACCAACUCACACGCCUUGCGUACACAACCGUACGCUACGCGCUAUGAUUCCUAUCUACUUCCGAAUGUAGGCGUCGGAUGGCGCUAAUAUUCCUUGUGUUCUCAUUGCGCGCAAAAUAGCAACCGGUCGCUACUGGUGUGUUCCUCGCACAUAUGUCCCGAUUUAAUUACAUCACCUCUUGCGCCCGAGCAGGUGCCGACGGCGCUUUGGGGGGCGUCGAUCUGUGUUGCGACUGAACACUUGAUCGUUUUCGAAAACAAACACAUUCUUGUCGCGGGCGUGGCUGCACGGUGGUGACAAAAGGUAUUUGGCUUCCGACGAAAAAGCCGCCGUAACCUUCCUGAUACCACUUGCUAUGUAUUGCAUUGGCUCUGAUCGAUAAUUCGGUGGCUCAGUUCUUUGUGUUGGGAGUGUAGAGCAGCUGGGCCAUGACGGACCGUGGUAGGGUAGGGACGUGUAGGAAAACGUGUUGUAAAACGUAUUGUUGUAAUCGGGGGCGUGCUUGAGCUCGUCAUUCCAUCACGGCAUCAAGUCACGCAUAACGCUCUAACACCCAAAACGAAUCUCCAUGAAUGUCCACCAAUCUACCACACUCCCAAGGAAAACAUAAAGAAACUUCUUGUUCCUCCGUAGUUCGUCACUGCAAUACCAGUAUAUGUAUACGCAAUAUACCACCCGCAUGCUAUGCUACGAGUAUAUCGAAUAGCCCCCCUGCUCGUAUGCAUCGUCAUGCUCCGGGAAAAUAUCAUAGUCAUCCUUCUCAUACCAGUUCAUCCCAAAACACAAUCAAAACCAAGAAAACGAAAAUACUUCAGACACGACAAAAGUAUUCAAAUAGCAUACCAACACACGCCAAUCACUCUCGCUCUCUUCUGAAAAUUCUCAACUCAAACUCUUUUCAUCCAGAAAAAUAUGACGAACGCCGUUCAAGACGCCUUUCCUUUCACCGCCAAUUCGUCACAAUAUCUCGGUGCGUCUCUAAAUCCGCCUAGCUAGAUAUCCUACCAUUACCAAGAUGUAUGCAAUCCUAAGACAAAUUAUUCCAUUCAUCCACCAACCCUUCGUCCGCAGGUAAAACGCGAACAAGUACUAUCUCCCUGAAAUACUCAAAAUAUAUCAUUAAUGUUCGGUGAAGAAAUGUCAGCAACGCCAUUCAUUUCGUCUGAAAGAAUAUAACGUGCCCCCCUGCUCCGAGGAUCCGCCCCCCUGCUUUGUGAAGGGGUCGGAGUCAAGCCGAAAAACAAUACGAGAGGUGCCGAAAAUCAUAACAGUACUUCUGAUCCUCUCAUCCACACUUCAAUCAGAUCUGAAAAACCAAACCCAAGCUCAAAUCAAACAAAACAAACGCCAAAUCUCAAACUAACUCAAAUUCAAGAUGAACCUCAAUGCGCCUACUUUUCCAGCCAUAAACCCCAGCGCAUUGGACCACUGCCCCUGCCAUUGUUUCUCCCCCGUGGAUUUUCGCUCGCCUCCGCCGCGGUCGCCUUCUGUGCUCUUCGUCCGGCUGGCCGCGGCUGGAGCAUCGUCCGUAAAUCGUCCGCCUUCGUUGGGGGAGACCACAAUUGUCGCUCCAGAAGGAUUGACUCGGCAGCGGUGGAGGGCAGGUCGCGCGUUCGGAAGGGAAGAUGGUGGCACAAUCAGUUCCUUAUAAAACAGCACUCCUGAGGAGAAUCACAUUCCACAACACUCCCCCCGGUUCUGCACAGGGGUGACUGCUGUACCAAAACAAAAUAAAAUACAGUUGGACAUCCAAAAUUUCUCUUCUGCUCACGCCGUGAAACUUCAAAGUUCGUGUUGUGCCACUGAAAUGGUCUUGAGUGAUCUCUUCGGAGGAACGCAUUUGGUGGAUCUUGCUCCGCGUCAUGCUGAGUACUGCCUCUUAUUGCUGUCCUCUACGAUCUAGUCGGGAAUUUAGUUUCUGGGUCAACCUCGCUUCUUGGCUGAGUGAUGCCUCGGACUAUUUUUCGCUGCGAUCUAGUCGGAAAACGUCAGUCUUGGGUCAAGUCUCGCUUUUCGCCGAGGUCCUGCCACGCAUAUUGCUGUUCUCUCCAGCGAAAUUCUACCCAACAUCUCCUACAAACUUGCCAUGAAAUCCUACGUGCUUGCGUCAAGAAUUCUGACUGUCGUUCAAAUGCGUAUGAUGUCCACGCUUUGCUGUUGUGUCGGUGGUGACGUGGUAGUCCCACAAACAAAGUUACGCAUUUUUUUUUUUUUUUUUACUACCGUACUGCUUUUGGUGUGAUAAAAGCCCCUCAUACUCUUUUCGUUGCACGAUUGGCAACUAAACUCUUGGAAGCAUAACAUCCCCUCAUACGUGCUGUUGGUGGCUUGAUAACCCCUCACACGUUCAGUUAUCUCGUUCGGGACAACCGUACUCUCUCUUUCAUCCCAACAUCACACAUUUCGCAGAAUUCCCAACACAGGAAACGAUUCAGACACAAGACAAGACAAAAAAAAACUUUCGGAACACAAAACAAGGCCAUAUUCGUCUUCGGACAGAGGACAUGAUCAUUUCAUCACGUGCCUGAGCGGGUCUGGGACCCUAGUAGCAGAAGUGGUGCUGCUGUAAUGCGCUGAGCCGCCCGUCGGGGGCUCGCGCGAUGGUCAGGGGGAUGUCGUCCGCGGGCGUGGUCGAUGGUUCUAGGCGCGCUCCCUGCUGCUGGCCUACCUCGUACUCUUCGCUCUCUCGCAUGACUUUUAUCUAACCCUCUCCUGCUUUCACCUCGCAGCUGACGUCCGGACUCCUGUUGACUUCUUCAGCUUCAAACCGCGCGCUCUUGUCGACGCUGCGGGAGCUAUCUUGUUCUUAGUUCCUGGCGUCCUCCGCUGCUUGGCGGGCCUCCGCUGCUUGGCGGGCCUCAUCUUCGCGCCUGGUAGCCAUCUUGACCCUGCUCUCGAUCGUCGCAAAGCGAUACUCCUAAACCAAGCUCGACCGCGAAUCUCGUAGACGACGUGUCAUACGCUAGCGUGAUCGAUAAUUCGGUGGCUCAGUUCUUUGUGUUGGGAGUGUAGAGCAGCUGGGCCAUGA